GUCACAGGACUGACAGUCUGGCACACAGUCAGGUGCUGAUCCACAGUGAGUCUGAGUGCCACAGUGAAAGUGUGAGUUUGACAUGCAAACACCAGGCAGAGAUUUAAACGAUCAAAGCGGUCACAACUUCUCAGCAGACAUGGUGGACACGCAGCAACUCCUCUCCUGGCCUGUUAGUUUCAGUCUGAGCGCCGUGGACCUGUCAGAGCUGGACGACAGCUCCCACUCCCUUGACAUGAAGCAUUUGUCCACGUUAGACUACGCCUCCAUCUCCUCCUCCUCCAUCCAGUCCUCCCUGUCUCCCCCGCUCGUAUCCUCCAUCUCCUCUGCCGGUGGGGCCUAUGACCCCAGCCCGCCGCAACACGAAGAACUACUGACCAACAUGGACUACACAAACAUGCACAGCUACAGGAUGGAGGCUGACACGCACAAUUUGAUAAAGCUUGAGCCGGAGUCGCCGCCGCAGUACUCCGACAUUCCCGUGUUCUCCAAGCUCACGGACGAAACGUCGGCGUCAGCGCUAAACAUCGAGUGUCGUGUGUGUGGAGACAAAGCUUCGGGGUUUCACUAUGGCGUCCACGCCUGUGAGGGCUGUAAGGGUUUCUUCAGACGGACUAUCAGGUUAAAGUUGGUGUACGAUCAUUGUGAUCUUCACUGUCGCAUUCACAAGAAGUCCCGCAACAAAUGCCAAUACUGUCGCUUCCAGAAGUGCCUCAAUGUCGGCAUGUCACACAACGCCAUUCGCUUUGGCCGGAUGCCUCAGGCGGAGAAGGAGAAACUUCUAGCUGAGUUCUCCUCUGACAUGGUGCACAUGCACCCGGAGGCGGCUGAUCUUAGGGCUCUGGCCCGGCAUCUGUACGAGGCCUAUCUGAAAAACUUCCCCCUCACCAAGGCCAAGGCCAGGGCCAUCCUCUCUGGAAAGACCGGAGACAACGCGCCUUUUGUCAUCCAUGACAUGAAGUCUCUAAUGGAAGGAGAACAGUUUAUUAAUUGUAGGCAGAUCCCCUUAAAGGAACACCACCACCACCACCAGCAGCAGCAGACCUCCGCCCUAACAGCUGGACUUGGAGGAGCUCACCAGGGGUCAGAGUAUGGCUUUCUUGGAAUGACGAGCAUCAGCGAAGAGGGACCCCAAGACGCUUUGGAGCUGCGUUUUUUCCACAGCUGUCAGUCACGUUCGGCCGAAGCAGUGAGAGAAAUUACGGAGUUUGCAAAGAGUAUCCCAGGGUUCAGCGAACUGGACCUCAAUGAUCAGGUAACUUUGCUGAAGUACGGUGUCAUUGAGGUCCUAAUCAUCAUGAUGGCGCCUCUGAUGAACAAAGACGGGACCUUGAUCUCCUACGGACAGAUCUUCAUGACGCGGGAGUUCCUCAAGAGCCUCAGGAAACCUUUCAGUCAAAUGAUGGAGCCCAAGUUUGAGUUCUCAGUCAAGUUCAACAUGCUGGAGCUGGACGACAGCGAAAUGGCGCUGUUUCUGGCUGUCAUCAUCCUCAGCGGGGACCGCCCGGGCCUGCUGAACGUGAAGCCCAUCGAGCAGCUUCAGGAGACGGUGCUCCACUCUCUGGAGCUGCAGCUGAAGCUGAACCACCCCAUCUCUCUGCAGCUGUUCGCCAAGCUGCUGCAGAAGAUGACCGACCUGCGUCAGAUCGUCACCGACCACGUGCACCUCAUACAGCUGCUGAAGAAGACGGAGGUGGACAUGUGCUUACACCCUCUGCUGCAGGAGAUCAUGAAGGACUUGUAUUAGAACUCCACAGGAGAAAAAAGGACCAAGUGGAGAAAGAGAAAUAAAAGAGAGAUUAAAGAGAUUUUAUUCUUAAAAUCAUGACUUGUGAAAUGAUGACGAUGUGUUGAAAUAAAGGGAGGUAGCCAGGCUGGAUGACUGAAAUUGAGAAAGAUAUGAGGAAGAACAGGACAUUUGAAAUUAAGGAAAGAAAGACAAAUUGUCUAGACAGCAGCAUGUGAGUUGAGCGAUUGCUGAUUCUGGACAUUUUGUGAACGAGUAGGGUGCCAAGUUAAAUACCAAACUGCCACCUAUUGCACCUAUUACUAACUUUCUUUUUGGCAACCCAAAGCUUAAAUGGUGAAUGCGCAAAGCAGCCUGCUUCAAGUGCCUUCAGGAGAAAUCACUGUGAAUAUUCUUACACCACGUGUCACAUAGUGGAGUAUGUGUUGUUCGUGUGCAGCUUAUCUACAUGUUGCGUUACAACCUUCCUAGGCAGCAGCAGUGUGUACAUGCUCCGAAGCCUCUGAACGCACACAAAACAAUGCACAGAGUCCUUUUUGUUUGUGGCAUCAGGGUGAGGGUGCUAUCUUUUUUAAUCAGCUUUAUCCAAAGAAAGAAAUCAGAUUAAUGCCUGUAACAUAUUUUUGUCUCAGCCACCUGCAGAAACUGUGAGAAAGUAUGAAGCUAACAAGGCACAUUACCUUUUUUGUUUGCUAAGAAACAGUAUAUGCCAUAUUGUGCCUCUAAGAUUUGAUGUUUGACAUAUUUCUUGUGGAUUGAAUGCAAUUUAAAAAUGAUAUAUUAAGCAUGUAUAAUGUAUAUUAUAUGUUUAUUCGUAUGUGUUAUUGUUGUAUGGAUGAAAUUGUCUGUCUGCUUCUCAUCCUUGUUUUUUUUUUUAUUCUUAAGAAGUGGUUGAGUUAUAAUUUUUACCAUGAAAUUAUUUUUUCUAUGCAAAGUGUCUCCUAUGUCUGAUCAAUCAGAUGUUGUUUUAUGGGAUGG